ACUUUGAGCGAUAGAAUUUUAUCUAGCAAGAUAUUCUAAUAAAGUAUUUAGGAAAGGAACACUCGACAAUUGUCUAUCUAUGUAAAGUAGUGAAUAACAAUGUGUUGAAGUAAAGUUGAUGAAAAACGUAGCAACAUGUGGCGAUAAACAUUCUACGAUCUAAACAUCACGUCCGAUAAACGUCUAUGAUCGUCUAUAAACGUGCAUUUCAGAUCGUCGCUAAAAAAUCAAAGGCAUUUUACAUUCGUUUGCACAUGAACUAUGAUGUCAUACCGCAGUGCGCACCAACGACAACGAGAUUAACGGCCUUGGCGGGGAAAAUAGUUUUUACAGCGUAGACAGUUUUCUCUUAUGUAUGAAUAUUAUUCAAUAGCGUAAUAAACUAGAAAAUUCAAGUUAACCUCUCUAUAAUACGUAAUCAUCACUUACGAGUGGCAUAUCACUAUAAAUUACACAUUACAACACUGAACGGUGAAAUCGAUCAAUGAAACGAUUUAUUGAUUUUACUUCGAUUUAAGACGGACCUGUUCAUGAAAUUUGUUACACGAGACGAGACUUUGAACCAUUUGUCGUGAAAUACAUACAUAUCUGUUAAAUCGGUUAGGUGAGUUACGAAAGCAGCAAAGCAAUACCAAUAAAUUAUAUAAUAUAUAUAACAUCGAAUUCUCGAUCGUGGAAGCGAAUUGUAUUAAUAAGUAGAAAUUUUCUUGGACCGGGUACAAAGACGAUUAAUAAAUGAGUUUUGCACGGAGAACAAAUUUUCCCGUUCGAUAUUUUGUUCGAACACGUAUGAAAAAUAUAUGUGAAUCGAUGCAUCAAAACCCCAAGGUAAAACGCCCUUAGUGCAGGUCUAACGUUACGCCCCUGGUGUACGGAGACCGCGAGGGCUGGUGGGAAAGAGCAAGAGAGAUGAUUUGACGAUCAGAACCGAUUGAAACGAGAUGGCGACCGAGGGCGAGAGAGGAACGUGAGGGCCGAGGCACACACCAUCGAGUAUCAACCAGCUGGUUGGCAAGGGAGCCGCGAGCAGUCGCCAGUGAGCCGCGGCACCCCGCGAGAGAGUGUCCGCUGUUUGUCGUCCGUACGUUCGUACGUACGUCCGUGGUCGGUCUCCCUUCCUUUUUUGCCUGAAAUCAGCUAUCGUGGUCGUGCGUGCGUACGUUCGUUCGUUCGUCCGAUUUCUGAGUGAUGGCCGCCGAUUCAGGAAUGGAGACGUGUCCCUCCCCGGAGAUUGCAGACUCCAGGAAGCGGCCACUUGAUUGCGACACGGAAAAUGGCGCGACGAAGAGGUCACAUUACGGAUCAGGAGGAGAUGGAACAUAUCACCUCAAAGUAUUGGUUCCUGGUGUGGCUGCGGGAGCUAUUAUUGGAAAGGGUGGAGAUACGAUUGCCCAAUUACAAAAAGAUACAGGAGCCAGAGUCAAAAUGUCUAAAUCUCAUGACUUCUACCCAGGAACCACAGAAAGGGUAUGCUUAAUAACGGGUAGUUUGGAAGCCAUAAUGGCAGUUAUGGAUUUUAUUAUGGACAAAAUACGUGAGAAACCAGAUCUCAUGUUAAAAACAACCGUUGACUUUGAAUCUGGAAAAACUACGGCAGAGAGAGACAAGCAGGUAAAAAUUUUGGUGCCUAACAGCACUGCAGGAAUGAUAAUAGGUAAAGCUGGUAAUUAUAUUAAACAAAUUAAAGAAGAAUCUGGCUCGUAUGUUCAAAUAAGUCAAAAAGCAAAGGACGUGUCUUUGCAAGAAAGGUGUAUAACGGUAAUCGGAGAGAAAGAGAAUAAUCGUAAUGCAUUAAUGAUGAUAUUAACAAAAGUAGCGGAUGAUCCACAAAGUGGUACAUGUCCUAAUGUUAGUUACGCUGACGUAAGUGGUCCUGUAGCUAAUUACAAUCCUACAGGCAGCCCGUACGCUCAAGCUCCAACAAGUACUCCCACGUAUACUUCUACAGCUGGCAUUAACACUGUAAGUCUGUUGAACGGUGCCGGACUCAGUUUAAAUUUGAACUUAGGAGCUGCAAUAACAGCGGGUACAACGCCCGUGACAACGCAAUUAUUAGAACAUAUAAAGUUAAAUUUACGAACAUCCGGUUUCUCGGAACCUGCUGCUACUGAAAUUUUAUCUGCUAUUGCAACUCUCGCUAAGUAUAACAUCCUCGGAAUGGGAAUCGGGAUGCCGUCAAGCAUGAGUUAUCUUGGAAAUCCUAUGGAUAGUACGACAACUGCGAACGGUUCGAACAAUAACGGCGGCGUGUUUGGGCCAAUUGGAACAGUACCUGCUCUUGGAUCUACUUCUCCUACGCCACGCAAUACACUUGACAGAUACGAGCCUUUUGAUCCGUUCAGACAAAACAACACAGCCGCCAGUGCUAUUCAUCUAAACAACAAUUCGUUUGGCCUGGGCACUAACCAGUUAUCACUUGUAAGUAAGAGUCCUACACAGGUAGACGCCAACAACAAGGAGACCAAGAAAGUAGACAUAGAAAUUGCAGAGGUUAUAGUGGGAGCUAUUCUGGGACCCGGUGGUCGUGCCCUCAUUGAGAUUCAGCACUUAAGUGGCGCCAACAUACAAAUCUCUAAGAAGGGCAUGUUCGCUCCUGGUACCAGGAACCGCAUAGUGACUAUCACGGGUUAUCCUAAUGCGAUCAGCACUGCUCAAUAUUUAAUUGAGCAGAGGAUUAGCGAAGAGGAAGCAAAACGAGCACGUCAGAAUGCCCUCGCCAAUAUGAUCCAUUGAUUUCAAGUACAGCACUUUUGUUCAUCCCCAUUAUUGAGCUCCGUUAUUCACCUCUUCGCAUCUUGAGAUGAUGGCGCGGUAGCUCUCUUCUCCCUUUUUUAAACACUUGUCCACCACUAUCACCACCACCUUACCACCCGUUGUCAUCUAUCGCUACAUCACUAUAGCGCUUGCAUUCUCACAUCACUGUUCAUGCAUCCAUCAUGGCUCGUCAACAUUUAUCUAUCUUUUAAGAUUAUUAUGAUAUAUAAAUAUUACAUGUUAUAUGAUAACUACUACAAUUGUUCUGUGAUACACCACGUUACGGGGCUUUAUCACGAAUAACACACGUACCACAUCAGAGUCACAUAAUAUAUCUAGUUGUAUGGUAUAGCAUAUUGAAAGAUGGCAUGAUAAAACCUAUUGUUCCAUUAGAAACGAAAAUGGCACAAUUCAGCCAUAAUAUUAUUCUUGAAAGAUCGGGACAGAGAUGUUUACAUGGGUAAUUGUUUCGUUUUAUAAAAAUAUUAUUUUUUUCAUUUUUUUUUUCUUUUUUUUUUUUUUUUUCUCUUUUUUAAUUUAUAGAAGCAUAAUUCAACUACUGACACGAUGCGCGCUUAGUUACAACGUCAUACAGAACUCGUAAUUGAAUGACUUCGAUCUGACGAAUUCGUAGUUUGUUUAGUAUCCUGUAAUUGAACUGAGAUUCGUUUUAACAAAAAAAAAAAUUUCAUGAAUUGUUGUAUUGAACUGCUCCUUGAACUAUGAAAUGAUUAGGCUGUUUAAGCGACGUUACUCUUGCGUAACAUACUAUUUUAACAAGCUUCUUAAGUACAGAAUAACACCUUGGCAAAACCAAAGAUCUUACGUAUAUAAAGCAGAAAUAACUUGGCUGGAAGAUGGAUAUACAUACAAAGGAAAAGAUAUUCUAAGUAUAAAAAUAUAUAUUUAUAUAUGUACGAUGCUGGCUGGUCCAGUUAUACGAGUAACAUAAACACUUUAUUGCCAAGUUUUAUUCUCAAUCUCGAAGCUUUUGUUUCUCAAAA